AUGUCUCCAAGCUUCGAGGGCCUCGCCGGUUGCACUACCGCUGUGGGCACCCAAGUUGUGAAAGCCCAGAAGACAGAGGAAUCCAACGACUGGUCUGCAGUGCUUCCUCUGGGACCAUGUGGAUAUCCUGUCUCGCUGAUAGGCAGAGGUGAGGCCGCUCCAGAUCAUCGACGCAUGCAAACAGGCAACGGUGGCAGUCACCGCGCCCGCUUCGCUGCAAGUCCUAUGAAAUAUAUGGAGUUCGGCACGUUGAUCGUCACCCUUGACGCCAGUCAGACUGUCAACAGGCCGAUGGAACAACCGGAGAAUUUAGAGGGCGAUCUGAGCACCAAUCAGUGGUCUUUCAUGGGGCCGCUCAACGAUACGAGCCUACGGGCAUCAAAGAGGCCAGAGGCCCGCGGCAAGCUGCAGAGGGACUUCUUUCCUGGACGGGAGGCGGCAUGGCCUGCUGGCAGUUGA